AUGACUUCAAAGUGUUGUUUCAAAAUAGGCUUUAUAUUAGGCCUUGUUUUUGUAUGCACAAAUGCUCAAGAAAAGGUCUUCAAUGUCCUUUCUUAUGGUGCUAAAGCAGAUGGAAGGACGGACGAUAGUAAGGCACUUUUGAAUGCUUGGAGGGAUGCAUGCCAAUGGAAUGGAAAUGGCACAUUGUUGAUACCUUUAGGGGAAUAUAUGGUAAAUGGUGCAAUCUUUAAUGGACCAUGCAAUGGAUCGGCCAAGACCUUCGAAAUGAAAGGAGUUAUUAAAGCUCCAACAGACCCUAAUAUAUUCUGCAAGCUGGAGUCUUGGAUUUCUUUUCAAUAUAUCCAUGACUUAGAUAUUAAAGGACAUGGAACAUUUGAUGGACAAGGGGCUUGUGCUUGGGGAAAGCAUCCAUGUGCAACCCCCCUUCCCUAUACACUUGGAUUAUAUUUUAUCAAUAAUUUGAUUGUGCAUGACAUACAUUCAAACAAUAGCAAGGGUGUACACGUCAACGUCUACAAAUGCAUUAAUGCCAAAUUUAGGCAUGUUCAAAUAGCGGCGCCAGAUAACAGCCCUAACACCGAUGGUAUUCAUAUAGGCUACUCAAAGAACAUCCAUAUCGCGGAUUCAAACAUUGGCACUGGAGAUGAUUGUAUAGCUAUUAUCGAUGGUAGUCAAAACAUCAACAUUACAGGGAUCACUUGUGGCCCUGGCCAUGGAAUAAGCAUCGGUAGCUUAGGAAAAGUACCUACACAAGAAGUUGUGAAGGAUAUACAAGUCAAAAGUUGCACUUUCAUCAAUACUCAAAAUGGGGUGAGAAUUAAGACUUGGGCAUCAUCGAUAGCCGGUAUGGCUACAAAUAUAACAUUUGAUGAUAUUACCAUUAUAAAUGCAUCGAAUCCUAUAAUUAUUGAUCAACAUUAUUGUCCGGAGAGAAAUUGUAGCGGUAGCACACAGGAAAGCUGUGUGCAAAUCAAGGAUGUGACAUUCAAUAACAUAAGGGGAUCUUCAAAUUCAAAAGCAGCAAUUACUUUAAAUUGUAGUGCUUCACAUCCUUGUAAAGGAAUUAUGCUUAAUGAUAUCAACUUGGAAUAUCAUGCCCCUGAUGCUCCUGCCAUAUCAACAUGUGCUAAUGCCAAUGGAAAAGCUACAGGCAAGGAAUUGCCUCCAAGUUGUUUAAAGUAG